GCUUGCAAGAAAGAUUUCAAAAAAAAAAAAAAAAAAAGCUUACAAGAAAGCUUACAAGUCUUGGUUGCGAGUUCACGACUCUGACCGACAAUCAUUGACUCACCGAGUCGCUUGUUUUGAUAGCCAAACCCCAAAUUUCAACCAAAUACAGAGCCAUCAAACUGUGCUUGCGGAUGGGUAGCUUUGAGGCGAUUGAAGAGGAGCGAGAAUUCGACGUGGAAGAGACUAUAUUUGUUGCGGUGGGGAAGAAUGUGGAGGAGAGCAAAACAACGCUGUUUUGGGCCGUGCAGAACUUUGUGGGCAAGAAGAUUUGCGUGCUCCAUGUUCACCAGCCUGAGCACGUAGUUGAACCGACGGAUUUAAAUUUUUCUGCUAAAAGGCUUAAACAACCGAUCUGUGAGGAAUUAUGGGAAGUUGAGCAUCAAAAGCAGCAUGAACUUCUAGAUCAAUAUCUUCUCCUUCUUGUGCAAGCUGGGGUAGAGGCAGAUAAAAUAUGGAUUGAGAUGAAUAAGGUCGAGAAAGGUAUUGUAGACACUAUUGCUGCUCACAAUAUUAGAUGGCUUGUCAUGGGAGGAGCAGCAGAAAAUCACUACUCAGAGGAACUGUCAGAGCUAAAGUCCAAAAAAGCAUUCUUUGUUUGCCAACGAGCUCCGAUUUCCUGUCAUAUUUGGUUUGUUUGCAAGGGUUGCCUCAUAUACACUAGGGGAGGCAGCAAAGAUAGUGUUGAUUUGGAGAUUGCCUCUCCAUUGCUGCUUCUGGGUUCAGAUAUAGAAAAUGAGCAAUUGCAGAACUCAGUAUCAGAAUCUCUCACCAAUGAGGUGAGAUUUCUGGAUGCAGAGGGAGAUGGUAAUGAACUGGAAAGAAUAUCAAGAAGCUUAAGUUCCCAGUGGUCAGUAUGUUCAAGUUCAUCCACUAACAGGGUGGUAGGCACUUCGAAGUUGGCCCUGUGGUUGACGGACGAGGCCAAAGCAUUAGAAAAUUUAUGCGCUACAGAGACGAGCCGAAGGAAAGAGAUAGAGGAAGUGCUGGCAAGAGAAAAGCAAGAAGUUGAAAAGAUGAGGAAUCAGCAGGAUAAAUUCUUGAAAGAACUCCAGAUGGUGCAGGACCAAAAAUCAAUACUUGAGGCCCAGCUUGAAGAGUCCCAAAGUAUUGUGAAGGAGUUAGAGGAGAAGAUCAUCUCAGCUGUGAAGCUCUUGAUAAGUUUUAAGGAAAAAAGGGAUAAGCUGCGCAUAGAGAAUGGAAAUGCAGUAACGGAGCUCCAAAAACUGAGGAGAGUGUUAAAUGGGGAAGUUCCAAGCUUCUGCAGUGUACAAAUCCCUGCAUUCUCUUUCAUGGAGAUCAAUGAAGCAACUCAAAAUUUUGAUCCAUCCUGGAAGAUUGCAGAAGGAAGAUAUGGAAGUGUUUAUAAAGGAAUUCUUCGCCAUAUUCAUGUUGCUAUAAAGAUGUUGCCCUCCUAUGGCUGUCAAAGCCAGUUGGACUUCCAAAAUGAGGUUGAGCUUUUGAGCAGGGUGAGGCAUCCAAAUCUACUAACACUAAUUGGAACUUGUCCCGAAUCUAGAUCACUUGUCUAUGAACAUGUAGAAAAUGGCAGUCUCGAAGAUCGUCUUGCCUGCAAAGGCAAUACUUGCCCCCUUCCAUGGCAAAUUCGUACAAAGAUUGCUGCUGACAUAUGCUCUACCCUUAUCUUCCUUCACUCCAACAAGCCUCAUAUCAUCCACGGGAAUCUAAAACCUAGUACGGUCCUCCUUGAUGCCAAUUUUGUUUGUAAACUUGGUGACUUAGGCAUCUUCCGCAUGGUCCCACAAAAUGGACAUCCACCUCACACCAACCAAUUAUGUAAUAACCCGGAGGAAACCUCCCUGUAUAUGGAUCCAGAUUACCUUGAGACUGGAAAGCUUACGCCAGCCUCAGAUGUUUACUCAUUUGGUCUUAUUUUAUUACGACUCUUAACUGGGAGACCAAUUUUGAGAAUAUUGAAGGAUGUGGAAUGUGCACUAGAAAAUGAAAAUCUGGAGGCAGUGUUGGAUGUUUCCGCUGGGGAUUGGCCCCUUGAGCAAGCCAAACAGUUGGCUCAGCUGGGAUUGAGGUGCUGUGAGACGAACCAAGUGAAUCGGCCAGACCUAGUGUCAGAGAUAUGGAGUCUUCUUGAGCAAAUGAGAGCUUCAUGCAUUGCCUCAGCAUCAUGCUUGGUUUCUAAGAAGAGUGGCAAGAUUCCAUCCAACUUUAUGUGUCCCAUUUAUCAGGAAGUCAUGACAGAUCCACAAAUCGCAGCAGAUGGGUACACAUACGAAUCGGAGGCAAUAAGAGGAUGGUUCGAAAGCGGCCACAACACUUCGCCUAUGACAAAUCUAAAGCUUCAACACUGUGACCUAGUCCCUAAUUAUGCCCUUCAAAAUGCAAUUCUAGAGUGGCAGCAACGAUUAUGAUUUCUUAUC